AUGUUUAUUGCUUUUGGGGCUAGUAUUCAAGGUUUUCUAAGAGGGUGUAGGCCAUUUGUCUGUUUAGAUGGAGCUCAUCUUAAGGGUAAAUUCAAGGGGAUUAUUGUUUCAGCAAUUGCAUUGGAUGGAAACAACUCAAUGUUUCCAGUUGCAUAUGGUGUGGUUGAGUCAGAAAAUGCAGAAAGUUGGGAAUGGUUCUUGGUAGCUCUCAAGGAAGCUAUAGGUUGUCCUAAUGGUUUGGUUCUAUCCAGUGAUAGGCAAAAAGGCUUAGAUAAGGCCCUUCUAGCUGUCUAUCCUACUGCUGAACAUCGUGAAUGCAUGCGUCACUUAUAUAGUAACUUCAAGAAACGAUUUCGAGGAGAUAUUUUGAAGAAACAUCUAUGGGGAGCAGCUAGGGCAUAUACAAGUUCUACAUUUCAAUACCUUAUGGAAAGGGUGCAGAUGGCAGAUAGUAGAGUGGUUGAUUACUUAAGAGAGAAUCAUGAACGGAAUAGACUGGUGAUAGAUAUGAUGGAUGUCAUACGACAUAAAAUGAUGAUUAUGGUGAACAAAAGAAGAAGAGAUGCAAGAAAAUGGUCAGCAAAGCUUGUACCAGGAGCAACUAAGCAUAUCAACAAUUUGACCAAGGAUCUUAGAAAUUAUAAAGUGUUGAGGUGUAGUGAUGAGCAAGCGAAGAUAGAAGGGCCUAAUUCAAGAUGUGAUGUAAGGUUGGCUGAGAGGACAUGUACAUGUAGAAGAUGGCAAGUCUCUGGAUUGUCCUGUGUACAUGCAAUUGCUUUUAUAGCUAAGAUGAAACUCAAUGCUGAAGAAUAUGCAUCAUCAUACUUCACUGUGGAUGUAAGGAAAUGA